AUGGAGCUAGAUGCAGCGCUGGAUCAAACGCUGGAGCUACUACGUGGGGCACUUAAGGUGGCACGCGGCAUAGCAUUCGACUGUGCGUUGCACAAUAAGGCGGUGCAAGUGGCUGUACUGGCUGCACAAGUACAGAAGAACUGCACUGAUACUAGUGGUAGCAAAAAGUUUGAUGUAUUGCAGCCGAGCCAUGAUGCCAGUGAGGACUGGACCAACAAGAAGCAGCAGGAUGUGGCACCGCAGCCCUCGGUCUGGUCCGGGUUUUACAAUAAGACACUGCGCGAGCGCUCGGACGUUCUAGCGCUCAUGUAUCCGCAACUCAAGAGCCUUAAAAUGCAACAGGGUUUGGCUGGUGCAGAUGCGUCUGCUGACAUUUUACCUCUAUCGGAUCCGGCAAUUAAACUCGGUGAGUUGCCACUGCGCACGGCAAACCUCAUGAUCGAAAAUUGCAUCGGCGUGCUUGGCAUUCCGCUUGGCCUCGGUCUCAACUUCGUCAUUGAUGGUAGAAGUCUGUCUGUGCCCAUGGCCGUGGAGGAACCUUCCGUGGUGGCCGCGGCCUCUAGCGCGGCAAAGCUUGUGGCUGCUGCGGGUGGGGGCUUCCACACGUCGGCAUCCGGCAACGUCAUGACGUCCCAGAUCCAGCUUGUGGGCACCAAGGAUAUCCCGGCAGCAAUUGCAGCAGUCGAAUGCAACCGUGAGCGACUGCUGUCAAUUGCUAACACAAAUCUUUGCCCCAACAUGAAGAAGCGUGGUGGCGGUGCCAUCGACAUUUACUGCCGCGUAGUUAGCCAGGCUACGCGGACUGCUGCCACUGCUGCGGGUGGCAGUGCUUGGUACACCCCGUGCGAGGAUGAGCUCGUGAUACACGCAUCGAAGCUACGGACCCAAUUUCUAGUCGUGCACAUCGAUGUGGAUGUGUGUGAGGCCAUGGGUGCCAAUAUUGUUAACACAGUUGCUGAGGGACUGUCUGAAGAAGUGUCAAAGAUCACGCAAAGUCGUGUAGGCUUACGGAUUCUUACCAAUCUAUGUAUGCAGCGUCGUGCUCGGGCUGAGUUUGAAAUUCCCCUGAAAAAACUCGGCUGGAAGGGAGUCGACGGUGAAGAUGUGGCGGACCGUAUUAUCGAGGCUUACAAUUUCGCUGCUAUUGAUCCAUUUCGCGCAGUGACCAACAACAAGGGAAUAAUGAAUGGUGUCGAUGCGGUAGCCGUGGCCACCGGCCAGGAUUGGCGUGCCAUCGAGUCGGCUGCGCAUUGCUAUGCCAGUCGUUCGGGGCAAUAUACGUCGCUGUCGCGUUAUGAGAUCGGUCUUGCCCGCGAUGGCUCCCGAAUGCAUGUGCUACGUGGCAGUUUGGAACUACCUAUCGCAGUUGGAUCAAAAGGUGGUGCGCUGAUGACCCAUCCUGGUUACGCUGCUACUCUUGCGAUUCUACAACAGCCAACGGCUCGAAAGUUAAGCGGCAUUCUCGUGAGUGUUGGGCUCGCUCAAAACUUUGCAGCAAUUCGCGCUAUCGCAGUGACAGGUAUUCAGAAGGGUCACAUGGCUCUCCACGCACGAAAUAUUGCUGUCGCUGCUGGAUCACCGAGUGAACUUGUGUCGGAGGUAUGCAGCUACAUGUUGCUGCGAAAGUCUAUUAACGUGGAGACGGCGAAAGAGUACUUACACGCUCAUGCGGUGUUCUAUGAGAUUUUGAGCAGCUCGCCACCAACUACUCCAGUUUCUGUGACGGUGCCGUCCAUGUUCUACGUAGAAGUUCCUAUUCCGGAGCUAAAGAGCACGAUUAGCCUCAACCUUGCUUUUGAAGCUAUUAACAAGAACCCGCAGUACAUCGCUAUCAUGGCGCCAAAUGCUGCUAAUAGGGGCGACAAAGCGCUGACGACACUGCAGCAACAGUUGCUGGGCGAUAAAGGCUACAAUCAGCUGGAGCAGAUGUUCAUGUUCUUGGCCUCCAUGCGUUCUAUCAUUACAUCCGCGUCAAUCAGAGAGAGUGAUCUGCUAGGAUCCCGCUCAAACAUCGGGUUGCAGAACAAACUGCAGUUGCUGUCCAUUCUCAUCAAUAUCAUCGCAUACCGACUCAUGGAGGUGCGCCCGCAAAAAAAGAAUGCGGAGCCUGGUGAUGAGAUUCUUUCAACCGGUUUAUCGCUAUUUCUCGCUCUGUGGCAGGUACUACACUACCACAUUGAACAGGAGGUGCCGCUUAAGCUGCUCCAAGCCCGUCUAGUAAAGGAGCAGUGGGAAUUGCUGAACGAUAUAGUUAAAAGCUACGAGUUGGGAACAUUUUCCGACGACAACUUUAAUUCGAGGUCCGCUACGAAUCAGCCCCUCGAGGAGACAUUUCUUGCAUAUGUGGCAGUACAAGCCACGCGCUGGCAAGCGACAUUACUUUUGCUGAUUGACUCGCUGGCAUUGCCCUCAGAACUGGUGACACCUGAGCGAUUGAAUUUCCUUACCCGCAUUGGCGAGUACAUGGAAUGGGAAGGCUCGAUUGCACACGACUUAGCACGAUACCAGCGCGACGCUACCGAACGUGUGCCUAACGCGUUCCUCUUUUGGCUUUCGCAACGAGGAAUCCCUCACUCUGAGGGCAAGCAAUAUGAACGUGAAUUCCGCAACGUUGCCGACGCUUUAGCUAUUGUCAAGUGGGACGAGCUGCUGGAAGAAGCACGGCGGCAUUCAUGCGCUGCAGCGACCUUUUCAUUGCCAGCAGUGAAACGUGUCAUUGGCCUCAUCCACGAGAUCUAUGGUGAUCGUAGCCGUGGCAUCCGGAAGGACUCGUUUUAG